UAUUUUGGCCAUUCAUCAAUUGCAUAAAUCACAAUAACAACAACAAUAAUAAAUCCAGUGGAUUUAAUAAAAAUUAUGGCUGAUGAAGAACAGAGAAAACCAACGACACGAAGAACACCUCUUAGCCAAAUAGAUGAGGAUAGAGUUUGUAUUAUGUUAUCGAUGAUUGAAAGUGAAAGUGAAGACGAGGAAAUCACUGCCUCUGAUGAAGAAUUUUUAGAAAGUGAGAUUCAAGAUUUCGAAUUAGAGUUUUACGACGAAGAGUACGAUGAUGACAACGAGGAUAUGGAAGAAGAUGAUAUUGAUCCAGAUGAAUUAUCCUACGAGGUAUAAAAAAUGGAGUACUCGUUAUUUAUUUAUGUAUAGCUCAAGAA